AGGUCCAACAGCUACUCGCGGACAGCGCGCCUCGUUUUCCGCGCGGCAGCCGAGAGAGGACGGUUCGGAAAUAACUGCUAGCUAUGCGGGUGGGCGGGAAGAACUGCUACCUAUGCGGAUGGGAAAGCGGCUGAGCCUUCCAGUCGGUAGCUGGGCUCUUGGAGGGAGAUGGGUGUUUCCGGAUGUACAUCAGUCAACUGCGGGGAGACUGGAAAACAUGCUGGCAAUUCAAAAACGUUUAAAAAUGGUAAGGCAUCUGUGAGACGUGGUAUAUUCCUGGGUUUUUUUUUUUUUCUUCCCGAUUUGAAAUACAUUGUUUCAUUUGAAGUAAUUUUAAGAGUUAGCUGUCAACAGGAUGAAUGUAAUGGUUCUAUAAUCCGUGGAUUCCUUAAUUUUAAGCCCUAUGUGGUUUGAAUUGUUGCUAAGUGCUGGGAUUUCUAGAAAUUUACAAGCUAAGUGUUUGUUUGAUAAAAAUACAGGUAGUGCAUGAAAGUCUGAAACAUAAAUACAAAAGAACUCAACGACCCAUUUAAAAGCGGUAAUAUUGCCAAUGCUGUGUUACCUCCCACCCCCAUUCCCCUGCCCCCCAUCUAGUAGUACCUAUCUCUAGUUUUGUGUCCAUCGGUUUCUUGAUCCUGUGGCUGGGAGGUGAGAUGGAUAGUUUAUUAUUCAUAUGUAUCUUUAAACAUAGGCAUUAUAAGAAUGAGUAUGCAUGUAGUUGUCUGUAGUUCCUGUGAAUCAUAAUACUAAACUGAAAUUUUCCAAAUUAGAAUUAUUCACAAGCAGUAAUUUUAUUCCUCAUACUCAAGUGAAAUAUUUCAGCAUUUCAAGACAUGAAAAUAAUGAUAGUUUAGCAGGGUCCAAACUUGUAUGUCUUCAUAAAUCAUAUCAAUAAUUGUCUAGCUCAAUGAUUUAUACUCCUGAGGUGCUGUGUGACAUUUGUGUGGCCCUGGCCAUCUCCUUUGCCCUGUUUGUGUACAUUCAGUUAACUUAAACUUAAUUCUGUAGGAAUGUGUCUGGUAAUGCUGACAGUGUAAGGCAUCCCUUCUCCAAAACUACUAGAUUUGCCAUUGUACUGUUUUCAGGUGAAAAUCUUCACCCUAGUUUCUGUACAUCUAGCAUUUAACCUGACUUAGUGCAUUCUAGUCAAGCUCUAGGACAGAAAAGCAAUGGUUGUCUACUCAUUAGGACCAUUGUGUCUUAAAAUCAAUACUGUGAUGAUGAAGGAUAUAAAAUGUUUCCAUCAUUUAUGUAAUUUUUAGGUACUAACCAAUCAAAAGAUUUAAAACACUCAAGUCAUUAACAGAUGUUUUUAAAUUUCGCGUUUGUCAGUUAAUACUAUCAGAAGUAAUGAAACAGGAAUUGUGUUCUUUUAUUCCAUUAGAAAUGUAUUGAACAAGAGAUACUGGUACUUUUAUUAAAAAGUGGGUUGGAGUCCCAAAAGGUAGGUUGGGUUCCUUAGAGGAAUGACAUUUUGUUGUUGUUGAGACAGGGUCCCACCCUAUGCCCCUGAGCAGAGUGCAGUGGGCGUGGUAGCUCACCACAGCCUCAGACUCAGGCUGCAGGCACCCCUCUGCCUCAGCCUCCGGAUGCCGCUGGGAUUACAUGUGCUCAAGGCAGCACCCGGCUGGGUUUUUCCAUUUUUUUCAUGAAUCGGGGUCUCACUGUCGCUCAGGCAAGUCUCUAACUCCUGAGCUCAAGCAAUUGAUUCUCCCUCCUCAGCCUCCCACAGUGCUGGGAUUACAGGCAUGAGCCACUGCGCCCGGCAGGAAUGAAAUUUUUAUUAGACUAUUCCUUCAUAUAACAUGCCAAACAAAUGCAAUUACAAAUGGGAAUUGACAGUGAAAAUUUAAUUUUUAGGUCUGACAAAUCCUAUGAAUUUUGAAGGUGUGUGAAGGUCAUUGUGACAGAUGUUUUCCAAAAGCUUAACAGAAAAUGGCAAUGAAAAAGUAGAACCGCCACUGCAUAUAUUGAGGUACAAAAAGUGUUAAAUGACAUCUUUUUGGGAAUCGUGGUGCUAUUGUUACUAACAAGCAAUACACAAAAUGUUUGAUGUGUUAUUGACGUUGAUAAUGGUGGCAUAAUGAUGACUUAAAUUUUUGCCGUUUACCCAGCUGAGGAUAUCUUUGAAGAAAUAAUUCUUAGACUGAGAUGCCAGUAAACUAUAUUGGUUUAUGUUAAUGGUAUGUAGUACAAUUUUUUACUAAGAGGCUAAAUGUUCUUUCUCCUUAGCACAUAGGUAGCUGCAGAUGGAUGUCCUUUAGCUGCAGUUUUUUGAAAUACUCCUUUGUUGCCUCAGAGGUGUGCCAUGCAACAUUAUGGGAGAAAGAACGAAGACUGCAAGAAAACAGAUGAACAGAACAAAUGAUGAAAAUGAAUAUUUUACUUGGUUUUACUAACUUCAUUAUAAAUGAUAUAGAAAAUAAAUGUAGGAAUGAAGAAAAAAUGAUUUCCUCAAGUCACUUAUUCAUCACUAGAGAAGAUACCUGUCCCUGGUCCAUAUGUGGCAAUAAACUGUUCGAGCUGUCGUUGGCACUGAGUCAGGGAGAUGGGUGUUUCCGGAUGUACAUCAGUCAACUGCGGGGAGACUGGAAAACAUGCUGGCAAUUCAAAAACGUUUAAAAAUGGUAAGGCAUCUGUGAGACGUGGUAUAUUCCUGGGUUUUUUUUUUUUUCUUCCCGAUUUGAAAUACAUUGUUUCAUUUGAAGUAAUUUUAAGAGUUAGCUGUCAACAGGAUGAAUGUAAUGGUUCUAUAAUCCGUGGAUUCCUUAAUUUUAAGCCCUAUGUGGUUUGAAUUGUUGCUAAGUGCUGGGAUUUCUAGAAAUUUACAAGCUAAGUGUUUGUUUGAUAAAAAUACAGGUAGUGCAUGAAAGUCUGAAACAUAAAUACAAAAGAACUCAACGACCCAUUUAAAAGCGGUAAUAUUGCCAAUGCUGUGUUACCUCCCACCCCCAUUCCCCUGCCCCCCAUCUAGUAGUACCUAUCUCUAGUUUUGUGUCCAUCGGUUUCUUGAUCCUGUGGCUGGGAGGUGAGAUGGAUAGUUUAUUAUUCAUAUGUAUCUUUAAACAUAGGCAUUAUAAGAAUGAGUAUGCAUGUAGUUGUCUGUAGUUCCUGUGAAUCAUAAUACUAAACUGAAAUUUUCCAAAUUAGAAUUAUUCACAAGCAGUAAUUUUAUUCCUCAUACUCAAGUGAAAUAUUUCAGCAUUUCAAGACAUGAAAAUAAUGAUAGUUUAGCAGGGUCCAAACUUGUAUGUCUUCAUAAAUCAUAUCAAUAAUUGUCUAGCUCAAUGAUUUAUACUCCUGAGGUGCUGUGUGACAUUUGUGUGGCCCUGGCCAUCUCCUUUGCCCUGUUUGUGUACAUUCAGUUAACUUAAACUUAAUUCUGUAGGAAUGUGUCUGGUAAUGCUGACAGUGUAAGGCAUCCCUUCUCCAAAACUACUAGAUUUGCCAUUGUACUGUUUUCAGGUGAAAAUCUUCACCCUAGUUUCUGUACAUCUAGCAUUUAACCUGACUUAGUGCAUUCUAGUCAAGCUCUAGGACAGAAAAGCAAUGGUUGUCUACUCAUUAGGACCAUUGUGUCUUAAAAUCAAUACUGUGAUGAUGAAGGAUAUAAAAUGUUUCCAUCAUUUAUGUAAUUUUUAGGUACUAACCAAUCAAAAGAUUUAAAACACUCAAGUCAUUAACAGAUGUUUUUAAAUUUCGCGUUUGUCAGUUAAUACUAUCAGAAGUAAUGAAACAGGAAUUGUGUUCUUUUAUUCCAUUAGAAAUGUAUUGAACAAGAGAUACUGGUACUUUUAUUAAAAAGUGGGUUGGAGUCCCAAAAGGUAGGUUGGGUUCCUUAGAGGAAUGACAUUUUGUUGUUGUUGAGACAGGGUCCCACCCUAUGCCCCUGAGCAGAGUGCAGUGGGCGUGGUAGCUCACCACAGCCUCAGACUCAGGCUGCAGGCACCCCUCUGCCUCAGCCUCCGGAUGCCGCUGGGAAUACAUGUGCUCAAGGCAGCACCCGGCUGGGUUUUUCCAUUUUUUUCAUGAAUCGGGGUCUCACUGUCGCUCAGGCAAGUCUCUAACUCCUGAGCUCAAGCAAUUGAUUCUCCCUCCUCAGCCUCCCACAGUGCUGGGAUUACAGGCAUGAGCCACUGCGCCCGGCAGGAAUGAAAUUUUUAUUAGACUAUUCCUUCAUAUAACAUGCCAAACAAAUGCAAUUACAAAUGGGAAUUGACAGUGAAAAUUUAAUUUUUAGGUCUGACAAAUCCUAUGAAUUUUGAAGGUGUGUGAAGGUCAUUGUGACAGAUGUUUUCCAAAAGCUUAACAGAAAAUGGCAAUGAAAAAGUAGAACCGCCACUGCAUAUAUUGAGCACAUAGGUAGCUGCAGAUGGAUGUCCUUUAGCUGCAGUUUUUUGAAAUACUCCUUUGUUGCCUCAGAGGUGUGCCAUGCAACAUUAUGGAAGAAAGAACGAAGACUGCAAGAAAACAGAUGAACAGAACAAAUGAUGAAAAUGAAUAUUUUACUUGGUUUUACUAACUUCAUUAUAAAUGAUAUAGAAAAUAAAUGUAGGAAUGAAGGAAAAAUGAUUUCCUCAAGUCACUUAUUCAUCACUAGAGAAGAUACCUGUCCCUGGUCCAUAUGUGGCAAUAAACUGUUCAAGCUGUCGUUGGCACUGAGUCAGGUUUAUAAAGUUCUGGUCUCAGUGGGCAGGAGUGAAUGGUUUGUCUUCAGGAGAUAUGCAGAGUUUGAUAAACUUUAUAACACUUUAAAGAAGCAGUUUCCUGCUAUGGCCCUGAAGAUUCCUGCCAAGAGAAUAUUUGGUGAUAAUUUUGAUCCAGAUUUUAUUAAACAAAGAAGAGCAGGACUGAAUGAAUUUAUUCAGAACCUGGUUAGGCAUCCAGAGCUCUACAACCAUCCAGAUGUCAGAGCAUUCCUUCCAAUGGACAGUCCAAAACACCAGUCAGAUCCAUCUGAAGAUGACGAUGAAAGAAGUAUUCAGAAGUUAAAGAAGCAGUUUCCUGCUAUGGCCCUGAAGAUUCCUGCCAAGAGAAUAUUUGGUGAUAAUUUUGAUCCAGUCCAGAUGUCAGAGCAUUCCUUCCAAUGGACAGUCCAAAACACCAGUCAGAUCCAUCUGAAGAUGACGAUGAAAGAAGCAUUCAGAAGGAAAACUCAAGGAAGUUUUGUAAACUGUCUCCACCUGCUGUCCUCCUCUGGAUCUCUUGCGAACCCCUCCGUCCCGGGCCCAUCACACCACAGACUGCUCAGAGUUUAGCAGCCAAUCUUCAACUUUCAUCUUACUUGCACUAACAGCAACGUGAACAGAGUUAAUUACCCCCCUGACUUUGGGAAACUACAUUCUUGGUUUUCCUCCUGUCUCACAGACUGCCCUUUCUGUCUCUAUUACCGGUUAUUCCUUGACUUCACGAUGCUGAAGUGUCCCAGGACUCAAUCCUUGGAUCACUUCUCUCAUCUGUCCAUACUCACUCUCCAAGGAGACCAAGAGGGUGGAGAAAGCCUGGUGCCCUGGGAUGAAAUAAUACUUUGUAAUUAAUCCAAUAAGCCUGUGAGGAUAAAGUAAGGAUGCAACACCACAACUCUCCAAUCCGUGGCAGACGUCAUUAAUCAUUCAGGGCUUUUCUCAAACGGAGCUAAGCAGCCCUGGAAUCCUUCUUUGUAUGGAGUAUUGUAGCCAUUCACUUCCAAUGA